AUGACGUCGAACCAAUCUACCAUCACCGAGGAAUGGGUGCUUGGUCCAGAGAACACACCAUUCUACACUAAACGAUGGGCACCGAAGGAUGAAGAACCCAAAGCGUGUAUACUGUUCGUUCACGGUUUCGCCGAACACAUCGCACGAUAUGACAGAUUCUUUACCCUCCUCUCUUCACCACCUCAUUCACUGCACAUCACAGCUUUUGACCAACGAGGACAUGGUAGAACCUCCCAUACACCCUUGACAGCGGACUCGGCACAAGUCCAACAAUGGAAAAAGGAAGGGAAGACCGUCAAAUUAGAGAAGAACGGCAAGAGACGUACAGGAGGUUGGGCAAAGGCUUUACCUGAUAUCGAAUGGUUCGUUAAGAGGGAAUAUGAAGUGGCUAAGGGUCUAGGAAAGAAACUUUUCUUACAUGGAUUCAGUAUGGGAGGUGCAGAGGUUCUGGCAUUUGCGACUCGACCCCAUCCACCACCUUCUCCCGAAACAGUCAAAUUGCUCAGUGGGAUCAUCUCGGGAGGUCCGUUGAUCAGGCAAACCAAACCAGCUUCGUCCAUUCAGGUGAAAGCUGGAAGCUUCGCUGCUGGUUUGGGAUUGGGCAAUAUGCUUAUUCCUACACCUAUGGAUUAUUCUCAUCUCUCACACAAUGAUGAAAUCAACGAGUUGUGUAAAUUCGAUCCAUUCUGCGAACAGACCGGAUCGCUCCGAGGAGUAGCAGAUAUGCUCAACGGUGGUAUAUCCCUCGAUACUCCCGCUGCAUGGAACUCUUGGCCUGAGGAUCUGCCUUUAUUGGUAUAUCACGGAGGGGAGGAUAAUAUAUGUGAUCCGGGGACUGCUAAGAGGUUUGGAGAGAAGGUUAGAGCGAAGGAUAAAAAAGUCGAAAUUAUCGAGGGGAUGUACCACGAAGUGCAUAACGAACUUUCACCUACACCUGAGAAUUUGGCCAAGACGAUUGCCGAUUGGGUGCAUGCUCGAGCUGGUCCGAGUCAACUGUCUGUUGUAGCUGAAGCACAAGAUCAUGGUGGGGUUGUUUCGGCUGUUGAAGGUGCUCAGUCCGCUGCAGUAGGACAAUCUAAACUUUGA